AUGUCCGUUCAAGCCCGAGUCGUGCUGGCCGUCGCCCUCGUCCUCGUCGUCCUGGCCGUGUUCACCGAGCCCGUAUCCGCCGGGUACAGGAAACCCCUCAACGGAUCCAUCUUCGGAAAGCGCUCCGGCGGCGAUGCUGUCUACGAACCCAGCAAGGCCCUCGCCUCUGCCUGCCAGAUCGCUGUUGAGGCCUGCGCUGGCUGGUUCCCCGGACCCGAAAAGAAGUGAAUUACUUAUAAUGAAUAAGGCGAGUUACCCAUACGCCGCAGAUUCACGACCCACGUUUUCUCUGACCUUUUGAUCUGAGCGGCGGAUGUAAACAAUUCUAGAAUUCCUCGACAAGUCUCCAUGUUUUCCAUCAUUUGGUGUAUUACAGAAAAAAAUAAUAAUAAUAUGGAUGUAAAUCAAUAGCCAACUCCUGUUUAUAUUCGCCGUACAUAUUUAUCCUCAAUAUCUAAUUGAUUAUUUGAUUCUCUUUAUACGGAAAAUACAGCCAUCAUAUACUAUGUCGCAAUGCUCACUUUGGGGCUUUGUUUACUUUUAGAUGUUGGGCCCCUCAGUAAGGAUAAUGUCAAUGACAGUUUUCCCAAAUAAAACGAAGUCCCAAAAUCUAUAACAAAAAUAAAUCCAACCUCUGCCCUCCCCUUACAGUACCAUUGUCAGAGAAUAAAUGUAUUUGUUGUAAGAAUAUGUGGAUAAUUUUGUGAUUAGAUAUUAGAUACACUGAUGAAUGUAAUAACGUUGACUCAUAAAUAAACGUGGAAUACUGCCUACGAAAUUCAAUAAACUACUAUCGAGCUAAUCCCAAAUGUGUACUUUUUAUUUCCCAUUAUCUGACGUUGCAGUUGCAGCAGUCCCUCCGCCACACGAGAAUUUGAAUAUUGGAUUGUCCUCAGAAAUGAAAAUGAUUGGAAAAAGAUCUGAACUUGGGUAUUUCACACAUAGCUACAGGUUUGAUGUGUUUCUAUUAUACCCUAGUAUGGAAUGUAUUUAAUGGAAUGUGUGCAAAAAAAA